CACUGUUUUAACUCCACGUGCACACCAAAGUCGACCCUUCUCCUCCCAUCUCUCUCUCUCUCUCUCUCUCUCUCUCUCUACACGCACGCACGCGCAUGGCGAAGAACGUGCUGGUGACCGGCGGCGCCGGCUACAUGGGCAGCCACACCGUGCUCCAGCUCCUGCUCGGCGGGUUCCGGGUCGCCGCCGUCGACAUCCUCGACAACUCCUCCCGGACCGCCCUCGACCGGGUCCAGGAGCUCGCCGGCGAGCACGGCCCCAGCCUCUCCUUCCACGAGCUUGACCUCCGAGACAAACCGGCGCUGGAGAAAUUGUUCUCCUCGACAAAAUUUGAUGCUGUCAUACACUUGGCUGGAUUAAAAGCAGUAGGUCAAAGUGUGCAGAAGCCAUUGCUUUAUUUCAAUAAUAACCUCAUCGGGACCAUCACCUUGCUAGAAGUCAUGGCUGCCCAUGGAUGUAAGAAGCUUGUGUUUUCCUCGUCUGCUACUGUUUAUGGUCGGCCAAAGGAGGUCCCUUGUACAGAGGAGUUCCCUGUUUGUGCAGUGAAUCCAUAUGGACAAACCAAGCUUUUCAUUGAAGAAAUAUGCCGUGAUGUUUAUCGGGCAGAUUCUGAAUGGAAGAUAAUGUUGUUAAGAUACUUCAAUCCAGUUGGUGCACAUCCUAGCGGCUACAUUGGCGAGGAUCCCAGGGGGAUCCCGAACAAUCUAAUGCCAUUUGUGCAGCAAGUUGCUGUCGGAAGGCGACCUGCUUUGACAGUUUAUGGAACAGACUAUUCAACGAAGGAUGGUACUGGGGUUCGUGAUUACAUCCAUGUUGUUGAUCUAGCCGAUGGACACAUUGCUGCAUUGCAAAAGCUUGAAGAACCCGGCAUAGCGUGUGAGGUGUAUAAUCUGGGAACGGGGAAGGGAAUUUCAGUCUUGGAGAUGGUUGAUGCAUUUGAGAAGGCAUCUGGAAAGAAAAUUCCACUUGUUAUGGCUGGGCACCGACCAGGCGAUGCUGAAGUUGUAUAUGCAUCAACAGAAAAGGCUGAACGCGAAUUGAACUGGAAGGCCAAAUAUGGCGUUGAGGAGAUGUGCCGAGAUCAAUGGAACUGGGCCAGCAAGAACCCUUAUGGCUAUGGGUCCCCCGACUCGACUGACUAAUAGCCGAGGAUUUUGGGCGUCCUCGUAUUAGGUAUUGCUGAAUUUAGUCGUCGUCUUAAAACGGAGAAAAAAUUAGGCUAGGGAAAAAAAAGAAGGUGAAAAUACUCAAGCUUCUCCUCAACCUAUUAUCUCCUGUUGGGGACUUGAUGUAAUAUUUCCAGAUACGACAUGCAAUAAGAAAUCUUCGAUUGAUUAUGCUA